AUGAUAGGCUACCGCACUGGCAUGCCUAUGGGGUGGUUUCGGAUCUUGUGCACAGCAGACAAAGAUCCUGAGGGUGGUGACAUUCAGGCAUUGGAAUUUCCUGUGUUUCUUGAGCCUCACAACUUACUCGUUUCGGCUGCUUCGAUCAAUCUUGCACCCUACGUGCCCCUUCUGUACAAAUCUCAUGCCCAUGAACUCCAGGACAUCAGCGCUGUGCAUUGCAGCAUGAUGACUUUCCAGACACUACAAUAUUUCUUACCUCCAGCACAUAUCUUGCUCUCGAGUGUUGGCUUGUAUCCAUCCUUCCACCAGAUGUCAAACUUCGUACCUGAUCUUCUUGACGAUUGCCCUUCACCCUUGGGGGAGGAGUCGAGAAAUCCAGAACACCCCCAGGACCCGGGAGGGACAAACCUCGUGAUCAGUGAAAUGGUACAAGUUGUCAUCAUGACCAUGCUGGCAACGCUUUAUCUCGUCAUUGCUAUGCUGUUUCGUUUUGCGACUAGUUCCGUGCCCGGUACACUUGAUGUUAUCCUCCCGCCCUUGAUCGCAGAGCCAAGCCACCCAGAACUCCCCAGGGACCUGGGGGAGACACUCAGUGGAAUACAACACAUUGCCAUUAUUUCCAUUCACACAACUGGUCUCACUCUUGGUGUCCGACGGAUCCCUGCUGGCUUCCAUGUAACAGUAACAGCUGAUGGCGCUGAAUGGCAGACUAGCAACCUGCUUGUACACAUAGACCAAGCUGUCAUGGAAUGGAAUGAGCGUAUACUUCUGUAA